AUGGGUGCUCAAAUAGAGAAUAAAAGUAUAACCGAGUAUGUUUACACUUCAAUUGUCACCAACAGCCGCCAUAGCAGGAUGGGGCGAAUUUCUAUUGGUUACAGCAAUACUAUUUGCACCACCAUUCCUUCCAUUGAUCUCUUUGCUAUCAAUAUGGGGGAGAUUACGUUCAGCAAAGAGGGUGUAGCCCUUGGAUCGCACCACACCACGAUUUUUAUAGUACUCUGCAUAGCUCAUCAACCAUGA